AAAACAUAGGAUUUAAAAGGAAACAAUAAGAGUAAUAUAUAUAGAUAUUAACGAAGAGAGAGUGUUUUUUCAUGUAUUUUCAUUUUUGUUCUUAAAAAAGGAUUUUUUUUUUUUACAAAUGUCAAAAGAUUCUGAAGAGAUAAAGAGGAUAGAACAAUGGAAAUGGUCUGAAAUGCAAGGCCUUGAACUUGUUUCUGAUCCUUCUUUAAACCCCAAAAUUCAAACAGAAGAAGCUUCUUCUUCAUCUUGUUCAAAGCUUGAAAGUGACAACAAUGGUGGAAAUGAAGAGAAGCUACAACAAGAAGUGCCUUCAAUUGGGUUCAAUGAAUUAUUUAGAUUUGCAGAUGGUUUAGAUUAUGUAUUAAUGGGAAUUGGUUCACUUGGAGCUCUUGUUCAUGGCUGUUCUUUACCUAUUUUCCUUCGUUUCUUUGCUGAUCUUGUUAAUUCCUUUGGUUCUAAUGCUAAUAAUAUGGACAAGAUGACGCAAGAAGUUCUGAAGUAUGCGUUUUAUUUCCUUGUGGUGGGUGCUGCAAUUUGGGCAUCUUCAUGGGCAGAAAUUUCAUGUUGGAUGUGGACUGGUGAAAGACAAACAACAAAGAUGAGAAUUAAGUAUUUAGAAGCAGCUUUGAAUCAAGACAUUCAAUAUUUUGAUACUGAAGUUCGAACAUCUGAUGUUGUUUUUGCCAUUAAUACUGAUGCUGUAAUGGUUCAAGAUGCUAUUAGUGAGAAGUUGGGUAAUUUCAUUCAUUACAUGGCAACAUUUGUGUCUGGCUUUGUGGUGGGUUUCACAGCAGUAUGGCAAUUAGCUUUGGUUACACUUGGAGUUGUUCCAUUAAUUGCUGUAAUUGGAGCAAUACAUACCAUAACAUUAGCUAAACUCUCUGCUAAAACACAAGAAGCUUUAUCACAAGGUGGGAACAUUGUGGAACAGACAAUAGUUCAAAUCCGGGUUGUUUCGGCUUUUGUCGGUGAAUCGAAAGCAUUACAAGCUUACUCAUCAGCAUUGAAAGUAGCACAAAAGAUAGGUUAUAAAACUGGAUUUGGAAAGGGAAUGGGAUUGGGGGCAACCUACUUUGUUGUGUUCUGUUCUUAUGCUUUGCUUCUUUGGUAUGGAGGUUAUCUGGUUAGACAUCAUUACACUAAUGGAGGACUUGCCAUUGCCACCAUGUUUGCAGUUAUGAUUGGUGGAUUGGGUUUGGGACAGUCUGCACCAAGCAUGUCUGCAUUUGCAAAGGCUAAAGUGGCAGCAGCGAAAAUUUUCCGUAUUAUCGAUCAUAAACCCGGUAUCGAUAGAGAUAGCGAGUCGGGUUUGGAGUUGGAAUCGGUUACCGGUUUAGUUGAGUUGAGAAAUGUGGAUUUUGCAUACCCUUCAAGACCCGAUGUAAAGAUUCUUAACAAUGUUUCCUUAUGUGUUCCUUCUGGAAAAACCAUAGCUUUGGUCGGAAGUAGCGGUUCGGGGAAAAGCACCGUGGUAUCACUUAUUGAGAGAUUUUACGAUCCUACUUCAGGGGAAGUGAUGCUAGAUGGACACGACAUAAAGACAUUAAAGCUAAGAUGGUUAAGGUCACAAAUAGGACUUGUAAGCCAAGAGCCUGCACUUUUUGCUACCACCAUUAAAGAAAACAUCCUUUUAGGGAGGCCUGAUGCGAACGAUAUCGAGAUUGAAGAAGCUGCGAGGGUGGCUAAUGCUCAUUCAUUCAUUGUGAAGCUACCUGAUGGUUUCGACACUCAGGUUGGGGAGAGAGGACUUCAACUCUCAGGUGGACAGAAGCAAAGAAUCGCUAUAGCGAGGGCAAUGUUGAAGAAUCCGGCAAUCCUGUUAUUGGAUGAAGCUACUAGUGCACUAGAUUCUGAGUCCGAAAAGCUGGUGCAAGAGGCCCUUGAUCGGUUUAUGAUUGGGAGGACUACUCUCGUAAUUGCUCAUCGGCUUUCCACUAUUCGGAAGGCUGAUCUUGUAGCUGUACUCCAGGAGGGAAGUGUUUCGGAAAUCGGUACGCAUGAUGAACUUAUGGCCAAAGGAGAAAACGGUGCUUAUGCUAAACUCAUUCGGAUGCAAGAGGCAGCACACGAAACUGCCCUUAAUAAUGCUAGAAAAAGUAGUGCAAGGCCAUCUAGUGCUCGGAACUCAGUAAGCUCACCAAUCAUUGCCCGGAAUUCAUCAUAUGGCCGCUCACCAUAUUCACGCAGGCUGUCUGACUUCUCUACUUCGGAUUUUAGCCUUUCCCUUGAGGGAUACCACCCUAAUUACCGAAUGGAAAAGCUUGAUUUCAAGGAGCAGGCGGGUUCCUUCUGGCGUCUUGUGAAAAUGAAUUCACCUGAAUGGAUUUAUGCUUUAUUUGGUUCUAUAGGAUCCAUUGUUUGCGGCUCCCUUAGCGCUUUCUUUGCUUAUGUGCUGAGUGCUGUUCUCAGUGUCUACUACAACCCAGACCAUGCUUACAUGAUUCGAGAAAUCGGGAAAUACUGCUAUCUGUUAAUUGGACUUUCAUCGGCUGCACUUCUCUUCAACACACUACAGCAUUCUUUUUGGGAUAUUGUGGGAGAAAAUCUCACGAAACGAGUGCGAGAGAAGAUGCUGACUGCAGUGCUGAAAAAUGAAAUGGCAUGGUUCGAUCAGGAGGAAAACGAGAGUGCUAGGAUUGCUGCAAGGUUAGCUCUUGAUGCGAACAAUGUACGAUCAGCUAUUGGAGACCGGAUUUCAGUUAUCGUGCAGAACACGGCACUCAUGCUUGUUGCUUGCACUGCUGGUUUUGUUUUGCAGUGGCGUCUUGCCCUUGUCCUCAUUGCAGUCUUCCCUGUGGUUGUAGCAGCCACCGUUUUGCAGAAAAUGUUUAUGAAAGGUUUCUCAGGAGAUUUAGAAGCUGCUCAUGCCAAGGCCACUCAACUAGCUGGAGAGGCCAUUGCCAAUGUAAGAACUGUUGCUGCAUUCAAUUCCGAGAACAAAAUCGUCCGCCUUUUCUCCUCAAACCUUCAAACUCCAUUGAAACACUGCUUUUGGAAAGGACAAAUUGCAGGAAGCGGGUUUGGGGUAGCUCAGUUUGCACUAUAUGCUUCUUAUGCACUUGGCCUUUGGUAUGCUUCAUGGCUUGUGAAGCAUGGGAUCUCUGAUUUUUCCAAAACAAUCCGAGUCUUUAUGGUUCUUAUGGUCUCUGCCAAUGGUGCAGCCGAAACAUUGACCCUGGCUCCAGACUUCAUCAAAGGAGGUCGAGCCAUGCAAUCAGUCUUUGAACUUCUUGACCGUAAAACUGAGAUCGAGCCUGAUGACCCUGAUGCCACACAAGUUCCAGAUCGGCUUCGUGGAGAAGUUGAACUAAAGCAUGUAGACUUCUCUUACCCUUCACGUCCUGACAUCCCAAUUUUCCGGGACCUUAAUCUCCGCGCCCGAGCCGGAAAAACCCUUGCCCUUGUUGGUCCAAGUGGAUGUGGUAAAAGCUCGGUUAUUGCACUUAUACAAAGAUUUUACGAGCCCUCAUCUGGACGUGUUAUGAUAGAUGGAAAAGACAUAAGGAAAUACAACCUCAAAUCGCUGAGAAAACACAUUUCAAUCGUUCCACAAGAGCCUUGCCUCUUUGCUACCACUAUUUACGAAAACAUUGGCUACGGACAUGAAUCUGCAACCGAGGCCGAGAUCAUUGAGGCAGCUACACUAGCCAACGCCCACAAGUUCAUAUCCUCAAUGCCCGACGGUUACAAAACGUUUGUUGGGGAGAGAGGGGUUCAACUUUCAGGAGGCCAAAAACAGAGAAUUGCCAUCGCAAGGGCUCUAGUGAGGAAAGCAGAGCUUAUGCUGCUCGAUGAAGCAACCAGUGCCCUCGAUGCUGAGUCUGAGAGAUCAGUCCAAGAGGCUCUACACCGUGCUUGCUCGGGUAAAACUACGAUUGUGGUGGCUCAUCGGUUAUCAACAAUCAGAAAUGCUCAUGUCAUUGCAGUAAUUGAUGAUGGGAAAGUUGCAGAGCAAGGAUCCCAUUCACAUUUACUCAAAAACUAUCCUGAUGGAUGUUAUGCACGGAUGAUACAAUUACAAAGGUUCACAAAUAGCCAAGUUUUUGAAAUGACCUCAGGCUCAAGCUCGUCAAAACAAAAGGAAGUCAAUGAAAGAGAAGGUUAAUGAAGAGAACAGUAGGGGGAAAAGGGGGCAUGUACUAUACCCUCUUCAAGAUGUUUUUUGGAUGUUUACAUUUGGAUUUAAUGUUUGGAUAUAGUAUUUAAUAUAUGUUCAUUAUCUUCAUGGAUCUUUUUUAAAGAAAUGAUAAUGACAAAUGAAGUUCCUUUGA